AGAUAGUUCGGGCAGGCAGCUGCUUAAACACCUAUGUGCUAAUAAGCCUAUUGCUAUGUUCGUGAGGGGUCUUAGUUUGGGAAAAACAAUUAAAUCUCUUUGUGAGCUUGGAGAAGAACUGUAUUUUUAAAUUGUAUGUAGAGUUAGUGCUUGAGUGUGGACAGGAAAUGACCCUUUCACAAACCGCUUCACUAAAAACAAACAGCACAGCUUGAAGCUAUCCGGCCUCUCUCUCUCUCUCUCCCCUCCCUCCCUUGCUGUACAGUGAUGCGGGCUCCUCCGGCAGUUCAACCAACGUGCGCUCGCUGCUGUGUGUGAUAGUGGGAGUGUAGGAUUGGUGGUGGGUUAGCUUGCGCUGUAUCCAGAGCAUCGCAGCCCAUGUGCUCUGUAUGGAUGUUGAUAUUGCGCUGUGUAGCUUGAACCACCGCACGCCGGCAAGAUGUCCAGCACACCUCAUGAUCCGUUCUAUUCAUCUCCUUUUGGACCUUUUUACAGGAGACAUACGCCGUACAUGGUACAGCCAGAGUACAGGAUAUAUGAGAUGAACAAGAGACUACAGUCGCGCACAGAGGAAAGUGACAGCCUCUGGUGGGAUGCCUUUGCCACAGAGUUUUUUGAAGACGACGCUACAUUAACACUUUCAUUCUGUUUGGAAGAUGGGCCAAAGAGAUAUACUAUCGGAAGGACUCUCAUCCCUCGAUAUUUCAGCACUGUCUUUGAAGGAGGUGUCACAGACCUGUAUUACAUUCUCAAGCAUUCCAAGGAAUCCUUCCAGAACUCCUCGAUCACAGUGGACUGUGAUCAGUGCACCAUGGUCACCCAGCAUGGAAAACCGAUGUUUACAAAGGUCUGUACUGAAGGGCGUCUGAUUCUGGAGUUCACAUUUGAUGAUCUCAUGAGGAUUAAGGCAUGGCACUUUACAAUCAGACAGUACAGAGAAUUGGUCCCACGCAGUAUAUUAGCAAUGCAUGCACAGGACCCUCGGGUGCUGGAGCAGCUGUCUAAAAACAUCACUCGAAUGGGCCUGACCAACUUCACUCUCAACUACCUCAGGUUGUGUGUAAUAUUGGAACCAAUGCAGGAACUGAUGUCUAGGCACAAAACUUACAACCUCAGCCCAAGAGACUGCCUGAAAACCUGCCUUUUCCAGAAAUGGCAAAGAAUGGUGGCACCACCAGCAGGACACCCACAGAACUUCAAAAUGGAAAUUUUCACAACAAAUCACAAAAAAGCAGAACCCACAAGACAGACGACAACAAAGAGGAGAAAACGGAAGAACUCAGCAAGCAGCGCCUCCAACAGCAGCCUCGGAAAUAACAGCAAGAAGAAGAACCCUGCCAGCAACUUCAGCCUGGCCAGUCAGGUACCUGAUGUAAUGGUUGUGGGUGAGCCGACGCUGAUGGGAGGAGAGUUUGGCGAUGAAGAUGAGCGACUCAUCACGCGGCUGGAGAACACGCAGUACGAUGCAGCAAAUGGCAUCGACGACGAGGAAGACUUCAGCAACUCUCCUGCACUGGGCAACAAUAGCCCCUGGAACAGCAAACCCCCCAAUAACCAGGAUCCCAAGCCUGAAAACACAGCUCCACAGCCAUCCCAGUAAAGACUCUGUCGGAGCAAUAGCCCCGCCCAAGCUAGUGGGUUGUUCUGACAGCAUACUGUACUCUGUGGGUAUAAAGUUAGCACUGUACUCUUUAGUGUUGCAAGGUUAACAGACAUAUGUUGGAAAUGAUAUCCUUGUUAACACUGAAGAGAAAUAUAGGACUGCAAUAUACAUAUUAUAAAUAUACAUUUUUACAUACACAUAGGUAUAAUGUGUGCAACAAAUAGCUGGAGAAUGGAAGACUUCUCUGCCACUGUACAUAUCCCAGCUGGACAUUGUAUGUAGGAGUUAAAUUGGGGUUAAACGAGACAGUUUCGUUGGUGUAGCACGUGAACGGUUGCCGUAGAUUUGGGAUUAUUUUACAAUCCUUUUUAUAGGAUUGGCAUAAAAAAGAAAGUGAAGAUACUCAAGGAAAGUGACCUCCUUCAUAUAAGUGAAAAUUCCAGUCCAAAAUGUAAAAAUAGUUAAUAAAUUGAAAAAAAAGUAAUAAUAAUAAACGAUUUAAACAACAACACAUUUGAUUUUAACGGAAGGCAGCCUCAUUCAUUUAAUUUUAAAGGAUUAUGUUGGUAACACCUGAUAUUCUGAACCAAUGUGAUCUUCUUAUUGACAGCAUUUUUAUAAUACAAUUGUUUGUAAAAUAAAUGUCGGCAUUCAUUGGGCAGGACACAUUUAGAUAAAAAAAAAAAAACA